CUGCGGGCGGCGCGGAUGGCGGGCGGCGCGGGCUGGGCGGGCGCCCCCGCGGCUCUGCUGCGCUCCGUGCGCCGCCUGCGCGAAGUGUUCGAGGUGUGCGGCCGCGACCCCGACGGCUUCCUGCGCGUGGAGCGCGUCGCGGCGCUCGGCCUGCGCUUCGGCCAAGGCGAGGAGGUGGAAAAACUUGUGAAGUGUUUGGAUCCCAAUGACCUGGGCAGAAUCAACUUUAAGGAUUUUUGCCGAGGAGUGUUCGCCAUGAAAGGGUGCGAGGAGCUACUGAAGGACGUGCUGUCAGUGGAGAGCGCGGGGACCCUGCCAUGUUCUCCGGAGAUCCCAGACUGUGUGGAGCAGGGCAGCGACAUCUCUAGCUCUACCUUUGCUGAUGGCCAGCUCCUCCCCAGGGAACCCGGCUUCUUCCAGGAAGACGAGGAGGAAGCAAUGACACUGGCCUUGCCUGAGGGACCCCAGGAGUUAGAAAUGGACAGCCCCAUGGAGAGCAGCCAGGGCCUGGAGGGCUCUGUCCGGAGUCCUGAUGAGGAGAAGGAGCCUGAACUGGGGGGCCUGUUCCUGCAAGAGGACAAGUCCUUGGUCCUCACUCCAUCUAUGACCACAUCAGACCUUUCCACUCACUCCACCGCCUCUCUCAUCAGCAACGAGGAGCAAUUUGAAGACUAUGGAGAGGGGGAUGACGUGGACUGUGCCCCCAGCAGCCCCUGCCCUGAUGAUGAGACCAGAACCAAUGUCUACUCAGAUCUAGGAUCGUCAGUGUCUUCCAGUGCGGGGCAGACCCCGAGGAAGAUGCGGCAUGUCUACAACAGUGAGCUGCUGGAUGUGUACUGCUCUCAAUGCUGCAAGAAGAUCAACCUGCUGAACGACCUGGAGGCCCGGCUGAAAAACCUGAAGGCCAACAGCCCCAACCGAAAGAUCUCAAGCACAGCUUUCGGACGGCAGCUCAUGCACAGCAGUAACUUCAGCAGCAGUAAUGGCAGCACUGAGGACCUGUUCCGUGACAGCAUCGACUCCUGUGACAAUGACAUCACAGAGAAGGUGAGCUUCCUGGAAAAAAAGGUAACGGAGCUGGAGAAUGACAGCCUGACCAGCGGGGAUCUGAAGAGCAAGCUGAAGCAGGAGAAUAUGCAGCUGGUGCACAGGGUGCAUGAGCUGGAAGAGAUGGUGAAGGAUCAGGAGACCACGGCAGAGCAGGCACUGGAGGAGGAGGCCCGGCGGCAUCGCGAGGUCUACUGCAAACUGGAGCGGGAGAAGAGCACUGAGCUGGAGCUGCUCAACACCAGGGUGCAACAGUUAGAAGAAGAAAAUACGGAUCUGAGGACCACAGUGACUCGACUUAAGUCACAGACAGAGAAACUGGAUGAGGAACGGCAGCGCAUGUCUGACCGUCUGGAGGACACCAGCCUGCGACUCAAGGAUGAGAUGGACCUUUACAAGCGCAUGAUGGACAAGCUGCGGCAGAACCGCCUGGAGUUCCAGAAGGAGCGGGAGGCGACGCAGGAGCUCAUCGAGGACCUGCGGAGGGAGCUGGAACACCUGCAGAUGUACAAGCUGGACUGUGAGCGGCCAGGUAGGGGCCGCAGCUCAUCUGGCCUUGGCGAGUUCAACGCCAGAGCCCGAGAGGUGGAACUUGAGCAUGAGGUCAAGCGUCUGAAGCAGGAGAAUCACAAGCUGCGGGAUCAGAACGACGACUUGAACGGGCAGAUCCUGAGCCUCAGCCUCUACGAGGCGAAGAACCUCUUUGCCACCCAGACCAAAGCCCAGUCUCUGGCUGCAGAAAUCGACACAGCAUCUCGCGAUGAGCUAAUGGAAGCCCUGAAGGAGCAGGAGGAGAUCAACUUCCGACUGAGACAGUACAUGGACAAGAUUAUCCUGGCUAUACUGGACCACAACCCCUCCAUCCUAGAGAUCAAACACUGAGCCAGGGUUGGCUGCAGAGCGGCCAUUGGACCUGGGACCUAGGGACGGGCCUGCCGGAGGAGGAAGAUGCAGGCGGGACCCCACACUGUCUCUGUAAAUGUGCUUCCAGCCACCCUGUGUGUGUGUGCUAGGGUGUGUGCGGGAGACCGCACACACAGGCAAGGAGUGAGCUGGGGGCCAUGGCUGUGGGUGACAACCCGUGAUAAUCUGUGUGUGCACUUUGCAGCCCCUUUGUGAGGGGCUGAGGGGAACUGGAUGUGGGAGGAACACUCUCAGGAGUUGACAGCAAGGACUGGAAGCUUUCAUUUAGGAUACUGAUGAAAUGAUUCUACCUCUGUGGAUAAGGGUUAGAAGAAGCUCUCAGGAGAUGGGCCCCCCACCCACCUCAGAGUAGGGACAAAACUGUUACGUUCUCCAUAAUUUGGUGUCCUUUCAAACCCAGGUUUUUUAAGCUCAAAGAGGAGGAAGGGGUGUUGGGAGGAACAGGGACCCCUGUGGCUAGCCUUUGGGGCGCAAGUAGACGAAGUCCAGUGGACUCGGGUUUGGAGAGCAGCUACGUGCGUUGUCCAUUGUCCAUGCCUCUGGGUUGAGUCCUCUGAGUUUUCUGUGCCCUUCCAACCUUGGUUUCCUACCUCCCCUUUCUGGUUUGCCUUCCGUUCGUUUUGAAGACAGGAAAUACACACAGCAUUCACUUGGGGGUGGGAGAAAGGCCAAGAAGAAGGGUGGAGUGCCCAAGACAGGUGUUAACACUGGGGGCCAAAGGAGUGAUUGCCUGGAAGAGACGUGUUCCCAGGGCUGCAUCUUAAGUCAGAUGUGCCUUGGUGAGGGCAAGCCUAGGGAGGUGUUUCUAAGGCCGAGUCUGGACUCCUAUGGGGAGGUAGCCACACCGCUUCUUACAGCUUUCAGACACACCUGGAUGUGGUCCCUCUGUUAGAGAGCAGACAUCCUGGUGGGAGGUCCAGGGGGGAAGGAACACUGUGGAAGAACCUUGGUCUUCCGUUCUGUGACUACAUGGUGGGAGUCCCCCUUUCCUCCCCUGGCUUUGUUAAGAAUGUAAUCUUUGUUCUAGGCAUCUGGGCUGUUCCUGGACUGUUGCAGUUUAUCUGAGUUUUAUAUGGUUCGUGAUUGGCUUCCUUAUCUCCAGCCCAGAUAAACAUGGAUGGUCUUAAGUCUUCCCUUCCGCUUGCUUUCUUAAGCACAUCUUGUGUAAGAAGGAAGGUUUGGGCACGUUGGGGAGGCUAGUGAGCAGAAAGGGGGGGGCAGUUGAGGGUAAAGGGGAGGGGACUGGAGGAUGUCCCCUGCUUGGCAGAGACGGGGCUGUGGCCAGUUUGAUUUCAGUCCGCUCACGUCUGCUUUCCUUGGCUUUUCAGAUCCAUUUUAAUAACGUGCACAGAGUUAUCUGGUGCUGCGUAGAUGGUGGGUGGUUUGCCUUGCCCUGGGCUGCCUGGAUGAGCCACAUCAGGAAGACGGGAAGGCUUGAUCUUGAGGCACAGGUCUCUGUGGGCAUUCCCUGGGGUCUGGGAAGAUAGGGAAUAGAGAAAGGCUAGGUAGGAAGUCUCUUGAGGACGUGAAGGGAAAAUAAACUUGAGGUUGGUCUAGGUGUCAUGCUGGAAGGAGCGUGGCAGAGGCCAGGUGAAUCUCGGUCCUGGUCUGUAGGGGCUGCCUCAGGGAUGAGUGUUCUGUACUUGAACUUGCAUGGGCCUCCAGCGUCACGGUGUGUAAGUUUCUAGAGAAGGCCACAGAGGCCAGAGUCACAGCAUAACACGAGGAAAGGAAGGCUUUUGGCCAACGUUGUUGGGCUGCAAGAAUGGACUUCUGGAGGAAAUGGCAAGUCUGGAAGCCCCUGUGGACCUGGACCCUCGCUGUAGGCCUCUGGAAGAGUAACCUCCGAGUGUGGGGCUGGCUUCCAUACAACACACACCUCAGGCUCAUCCAGCCUUCUUACUUUCCUCAGCCAGAAUACACUUAGAAAACUUGGUCAACUUGGCCUGAGAUCAUGUUGUUGUUUAUUGUAGUGGUGGCAGUAGGUUUUUGUUUUCUUUUUUGAGACAGGGUCUUACACUGUAGCUCUGGCUGCCCUGGAAUUCAAGGUAAUCCUCCUGCCUUAGCCUUCAGAGUGCUGGGAUUACAGACAUGACUCACCACACCCAUUUCAUUUUUAAAAUGUUCUGGGCUUAAAAGCCCAGGGUUCCCAGCGCCACCUCACUCAUGGCAGGUUGCAGAACUUCCCUCUGUUUCUGCUGCCUCCCUGGCUCGCUUUUCCAUCUGUGAGCUCUCCCGUGACUUCGUGGGUCUAGAGUUGGCAUUCGGUUGGGUCUGAAUUUCAGAUGAACAAGUGGUUUUAACUUUUAGAAUCACAAUGUUUCAUGCUGUUCUUGAUGCUUCGGGAGCUUUUUAAUAUUCUGAUCCUUACGUGUUCUAACAGUUGGUACAGGUGUGGCCCGGGCCUUGGAAUGUUUUAAGAAUGCCCCAGGUGAUAACUAAUGUAGCUAAGUGUCCUGUGAAGGGGUGUUAGUUUUGCCAAACUGGACAGCUCCCUCGGGGAAGGGUCAGCAGUAACUUGCCAAGAUCCCAGCAGGUUGGGGGCCAUGCAGGGGAUGCACUUUUUAUGUGAUGCUAUACCGUCCUUGCAUUCCAUUAGAAGUCAAACAGAAUGCGCUAAUGUCUUUCUGUGUCUGAUUCCUUUUAGCGUUGACUCAGCUAGAUCUGAUUUUAAACUGGUAGCUUUCCUUGAGAUUCUACAGAGGAAAUUGCCCCCCCCCCCCCCCCAAGACAGGGUUUCUCUGUGUAGCUUUGGAGCCUGUCCUGGAACUCACUCUGUAGCCCAGGCUGGCCUCGAACUCACAGAGACCUACCUGCCUCUGCCUCCCGAGUGCUGGGAUUAAAGGUGUAUGCCACCACCACCCGGCAGGAAAUUGCUUUUUAAAAUUUUAUUUCUGACACACUAAAAACACAAAGCUCAAGAACCAAGCAGAACACCAGGGCUUGAGACUGGUUUGAGACAAACUGGUUUGCCAGUUUGUCUGUGUGCUGGUGUCACGGGAGGAGGUUCUGAAAACACAUACGAUGGCAGGUGUGGAAAUGUAGCACAGUGGUCGGGUGCUGAGUGUGAGGUUUAGUCCCCGGCAGCAUGAAAAGAGGUUGAAGAUCAGACCGUCUCUGAGGUCCUGUUUAACUGGUGGCGGGGGUGGCCCAGCACAUUCGUCUGCAUUUGUCUUCCCCCACACUGGUCAUGCACAGCUCAAGGUGGAGGCUCCUGACCUUAGAAGGUCGUCGGCUCAAGUAGAGAAACCACAUGAAAUGUCCUCGAGCUCAAGCAGGGCUGGAAAAGCUUGCCUUUGACUGAGGUGACAGAGAUGGUUGGCUUUUGGUAAUUAUGCCCCUGAGUGGUCCUUGCCCCAGGAGAGUCCCGCUGCCCUCACUAGCCUGGAAGUCUGUGUCCCUUAGUGGCUCCCUGCCUGGGACCCCUGGAGUCACAGAAACAAGUGCCGGCUUAUCCUGGGUAUCAGCGGUUCUUUGCAAAGUGGGGCAGAUGGUUGAGAGCUGGGCCUUGAGGGCAGCUUCAGGUGCUGUGGUCACUGGCCUUUGUGGGUUUUGACUGACUGCAGUGUGCGGGUCCCAGGGGCUUCCCGGUCAGUGUUACAUCAGCACCCAGUUGACACCAUGGAGACUCUAGGUGAUGGUCCCAUGGCUAGUCUGAGUUGUGACCCAUCCUGGUUUUGAUGGUCCAGGGGGUGUCGUACACAUUUGGCUCUGAGGGAAUGUGGAGGCUCCACUACAAGGCCUGAGGAGGCAGGAGGAAUUACUCUUCUGUGAGGCAUUGGCAGGUGUACACCUGUCUCUAGACAUGACUGAUGGGACCUGGGAAGGGUUGAGGGUAGUCAGCAGGCCAGCCUGACAGAUGCCCAGUGACUAAGUCCAGGUGAAGCUCUUUAGGGCUUCAACACUGCCCCUUCUCCCCAAUCUUGCCUCCUACCCCCAACCCCUACUGGGGCCCAAGGACAUGCCUCUUGGUGGCUCCUCAGCUUGGUAUCACUAACGUUCUCUCACCAAGGGGCCGUGGGUUAGAGUGGCCAAACCUUCCCAGGACCUCCCUGUCCUGACUUCCAUCUGGAAUGUGCAUGUGAUGGGUGUGUCGGGAAAGUGGAGUUGUCAUCACGGCCUGCCUUACCUUCAGGGCGGGACAGCUCUGUGUCUCUGCCAUCUUUUAGCUGCUCAGCUAAGAAAAUAGGCACUUCUAGAAGGCUUUGUUUCUGAAAGCAUAGCAAGGUGACAGUCCUUGUCACCCUAUCCACCAGGAGCUGGGUAUCUUCGAUGUACCUUCCUUGUGGGCUGCUCUUCCCGUUGACUGUAAUGUAGGGAUGUCUACCCUAGGGCUACCAGCUGGGGGCAGCAUCGCAGGCCCCCUCUCCUGCAGGCCUGAGUUCUGCUGGCUCUGCCUCUUGUUGGGACUGUCUGCUUCCCUGUUCUGCACAGGCUGGUUUUUGUCUGCAUGGUUUGGGGUCCUUGUGCCUUUUUUUCCCUUGUGGCCACCACACAGGAUUCUCUGUUGCCCACUGCCCCCUUUUGUACACCCCCUUACCGGUCUUCCCCAGUCCUGUGUGUACUCAUGUGUGCGACCAUGUGCCUCCCCUGAGGCUAGCUGGCAGACCCUCUACCCCCACCCCCAGUCAGGCCCCGCUUCCCCAUAGGUCCCCCAGCCUCUGUUGACUUGGUAACUUUUAUACAGGAUCUUUUGUUACAGUCUUAAGCAUAGGAACCACGUAGUCACCGUGUACCUGCAGCUAGUUUAGAAGCCCUGCGUCCCAGACAAGGGUAGCUUUGUGUAGACCGGCUUCUCCCACAAACCUCUUCUGUGUGGAUGUGGAUGUUUAUAGAAGACAGAUCACCUUUAACCUGAGGCCCUGGCCCCAGCAGGGAGGUUGCAGGUCUGCAAGGCUCCAUGCAUGGCUCUUCUGGAGGAAGCCCCAGCCAUGUGGUUUCCAGUGCUUGGCAAUACAUUUGGGUUUAGGGCCACUGUGUCUGGUGUCUCCCCCCAUGUGUGCUGAAGGAAGUCAUUUGCUACUGUCCCUGCCUGCUAUUACCACCUGUCCAGCCCUUCCUUGUCUGCUGGUGCUCAGGCCCGAGUGCCAUUAAUCACCAGACUGAUGUCAGGACCUGGACGGGACAGCGUGUGCUGAGAACACACAGCCUGCUGACUCCUGGUUUCAGCUUUUCAUGCUCUGGGGCUGGGCCUUCUGGGGACCAGGUGAAAGAAGCCACAGGCCAUAGGUUCUGAUUCUCCAGGGAUUACAUCUGGGGCUCUGCCCCAGAAGCCAGUAAUUGCGAAUGGCCUAGCUUUGGGGCUGGAAAGGCCCCGGGGGGGGGAAGGGGUGAGUCCUAGGCCCUGAACUGUUUGCCUCCAGCCUGUUCUCUCCUGAAACAGGCUUUCAGUGCGGACACCUUCCAAGACCUGUAAUGUACAGACCACAGUGUAAAUAAACAGUUGGCUUUUGUGUUCCUGA